UCUCUUUUUUUUUUUUUAAUCAAAAAAAUUAUUCCAGAAAAAUGAAACUCAGUUUACUUCUCGCAUCACUUUCAGCUAUGCUAUACACUUCCAUGGCAUUCAGUGACGACAAUAGUGUAGGUCUCUCGAAAAGAGAUUCACGAAUUCCUUACUCCAACUUGCCUUCAACAACAUGUUCCACACCUUCCACCUGUAGCAGCCUUAGUGGCACUGUCAGUUGCCGUUGUAGCGACCUUAUGACAACCUGUAUCAACAGUGCAGGUCAAUACUGUUGGGGUUCUACUACCUUGACAUCCACUUCAUGUCCUAGUGUUCCUGAUUCAUGCAAAUCAACCUUGACAACCACUGCUACAUGUCUCUGUAACUCGAGCAAUGUUCUCUGUGUUGAUCAGUCCAAUAAUUAUUGCUAUGGUACUAUUAGUGGAAGCAGUGUUGCUCUUGCUACUGUUCCUUAUGCUCAAUCUUCUGGUCAGGCCUAUAGUUAUAGUGGUAGUGUUUCUGCUAGCGCUUCUGCUAGUGCUUCUGUUAGUGCCUCUGCUAGUGUCAGUGCUAAUGUUAGUGCUAGUGCUAGUGUCGUAUCUUCUGCUGCUGUUACUGCCGCUGCUCCUAGUACACCUGCCACCAUGUCUAUUGUCGGUGCACCUUCUAACGCAGCCACGACCUCUUCUACACCCAGUGCUACUUCAGGAUCAAACAAACUCACUGCAUCUUCUUUAUUUGCUGGUCUUGCUGUAGUUGCAUACAUGGCUAUUCAUUAAGGAGAAUCACUCCUAUUUCAUUAUUUUGAUUUAUUUAUAUAUCAGCAUAUCAUAUAGACUAUUCAAUGAACAAUAAAAUCUAUGUUCUAUUAUCAGCAUGCAAA